AAUGAAAGAGAGAGUGGGGAGCCACACUUUGCUUGAGGAUUCCAUGGGAACGAGGAGAGACUUUGAGAUGGUGAGUUAAGGGACAGAACAGAAGGGCUUGUGGUCAUUCAUAUUCAUGUAUACUAGCCAGCUGGUCACUGAGAGGAGAAACAUGCAGAUGGAGAAGCAGCAUGUCCUUCACGAAGACUCCAAGACUGAUUUGAGCUCUACUUUGUCUCCAACCAAAGACUGUAGGAGAUCUUAACCAUCUAUCUACUACCUUUCUGUUUUAUUGGCGACUUGACGGGUUGGACAAGCCAUCCCACAUCCAGCUGGUGGAACAUUUAUGCAAGUUGAUUAAAGGGGAUUUGACUCCCUUUAAAAAGACCGAAGCGCACCAAAUAUAGGGGAGAGUUGACUACUGGAAACUGCCCAUUGGCGUAUGCACUAUGAAUCUUUCCAGGUGCUUACGCGUGUUGAGCGCACUUUUCUUCGUGCAUCCUUCUCAAGUGUGUCCUCUUGGUGGACCCCGGGUCCAUGCUUUCCAUGCUGCCCAUGCCGCUGAGGAGAGGCUUCUCAAGAACCUGUUUGCCCGCUACAACAAGCUGUCCCGGCCUGUGGCCAACACCUCCGAUGUGGUGCUGGUCCACUUUGGCCUCUCCAUCGCCCAGCUCAUCGACGUGGAUGAGAAGAACCAGAUGAUGACGACCAACGUCUGGGUGAAACAAGAGUGGAAUGAUUAUAAACUCCGCUGGAACCCAGAGGAGUACGAGAAUGUCACCUCCAUCCGCAUCCCGUCGGAAAUCAUCUGGAGGCCUGAUAUUGUGCUUUAUAACAAUGCUGAUGGUGACUUUGCGGUGACCCACCUGACCAAGGCCCACCUGUUCUACGACGGACGCAUCAAGUGGAUGCCGCCGGCCAUCUACAAGUCCUCCUGCAGCAUUGACGUCACCUUCUUCCCCUUCGACCAGCAGAACUGCAAGAUGAAGUUUGGCUCGUGGACUUACGACCGUGCCAAGAUCGACUUGAUCAGCAUAGCCAGUGAUGUGGACCAGAUGGACUACUGGGAGAGCGGCGAGUGGGUGAUCAUCAACGCCGUAGGCAAGUACAACACCAAGAAGUACGAGUGCUGCACCGAGAUCUACCCCGACAUCACCUAUUACUUCAUCAUCCGCAGGCUGCCGCUCUUCUACACCAUCAACCUGAUUAUACCAUGUCUGUUGAUCUCCUGUCUGACUGUCUUGGUCUUCUAUCUGCCCUCCCAGUGUGGCGAGAAGAUCACCCUGUGUAUCUCUGUGUUGCUGUCUCUCACCGUCUUCCUCUUGCUCAUUACCGAGAUCAUCCCGUCCACCUCGCUGGUCAUCCCGCUCAUCGGCGAGUACCUCCUCUUCACAAUGAUCUUUGUCACCCUAUCUAUCAUCAUCACCGUCUUUGUGCUCAACGUCCACCACCGCUCGCCGCGCACCCACGGCAUGCCGCACUGGGUGCGCCGGGUCUUCCUGGACCUGGUGCCUCGUGUGCUUUUCAUGAAGCGGCCACCGGCCACCGCCAAGCAGAACUGCCGGAAGCUGAUUGAGAUGAUGCACCGGACCAGCUCCUCGACAGCAGCCAGUCAGUCGCAGUCUUUCUGGGCCGGGGUGGAAAUGGGUCUAGGACAGCUUGGACAGCUGGGAGACACAAUACCUGCCACCCCCUCUGACAGCUCCAACAUCCUGGCCCUUUCCCCUUCACCAUCUCCCUCUCCUACCCAGGGCCUGCCCUUGGAGGAGCACCCCAUCAAGGCCCCCCAGCUCUUCUGCCGCUCCCCCUCCAGCCAGUACUCCAUUCUCCUUGAGGAGCCUGGCAAGCUCGGGAACACCGCCUCCCUUUUGUCCUGCUCAACCCACUCCUCCACUCCGUGCUCUUCCCCCCCGUCUCUGCCGCUGGGUCCCCUGGGUCCAGUCCACUCUCUUCCCCGGGACGAGCCACAAAUACUGUCCCCCAACGGGCGGAGCCACAGUGUAGAGCACGUGUUUGACCACCAGAGGGAGUCUAACUGGGAGCCCCCCCAAAGGGUCGGGCACCGCUGCCGCUCCCACAGCUUCCAGUACUGCUGCCUGCACGAGGAAGGGGGUGGGGUUGCUGGUGGUGGCAAGGGCCGAGAGGCUGGAGGUGAAGGAAGGCUAAAGAGACAGGUCCUACUAGACCAACUAGCUAGAGCCUCCUCCACAGAGCCCACUGUUGACCUAGUGAUCCGGGAAACCAUGGUCCACAGAAUAUCCCCGUCGAUGAGAAGGGCCAUAGAGAGUGUGCAGUACAUCGCUGACCACCUCAGGGCAGAGGACGCCGACUUCUCAGUAAAGGAGGACUGGAAGUAUGUGGCCAUGGUCAUUGACAGGAUAUUUCUGUGGAUGUUUGUACUAGUGUGUAUACUGGGAACACUGGGACUAUUUCUUCCUCCUUGGCUGGCUGGAAUGAUCUAGAAACCUAGAUUCCAGACACAGUGAAACCGUGUGGAAGUCCGAUUCCGAGAGAGAUUAAAGACAAGCGACACAGAGUUACAAUGCAAAGUUACCUGUGAGUCUCUCUAGGCCAAUAUAUUUCUAGGUUUUCUAAUAGUGGUUGAUUUAUGGUAUUUUAUGCCUUUUUUGUUGAUUUUUAGAUUGAACGUGUAAGCCACUGUCUUUAUUUGUGGUUGCCAUUGGGCACAGGUUAUCAUGAGGUUAUUCACUAAGACAUGGAGGGGGUGUGUCUUUCAUUGAUUCCACAGAGCAUAUGAAUUCUUUAUGAGGCCAAAAGGCUGACAGUGAAAACAUCCUUCAAAAUUCCAUUUUGACAUUGAGCUGCGUAGCCCAAGUCCUCACCAAUGUAUUACGAAUUAGUGCACGCGCGCACACACACACACACACACACGCACACACGCACACCUACCUACCUCAGUGUCAGAGGUAACAUGGAAGGUUUCUGAUUCAUUAGCUUGAAAUGCUGAGACUUAAAUUAAUCUGUUUCAAUUAAAUGGAGGGUAAUGUAAAAAGAUUUCUGGUUCAUCAGGAAAAAUCACACCCUAUCACAGUUUGUUUAUCUGAUAUUUAAUUUAGCCUGAUGACAUAAAUUAUAUAUACAAAAGUAUGUGGACACCCUUUCAAAUUAGUCGAUUCAGCUACUCCAGUUGCUGACAGGUGUAUACAAUUGAGCACACAGCCAUGCAAUCUCCAUUGACAAACACUGGCAGUAGAAUGGCCUUACUGAAGAGCUCAGUGACUUUCAACGUGGCAUCAUCAUAGGAUGCCACCUUUCCAACAAGUCAGUUCGGCAAGUUUCUGCCCUGCUAGAGCUGCCUCGCUCAACUGUAAGUGCUGUUAUUAUGAAGUGGAAACUGCUGAAGCACAUAAAUAUCAUCUGUCCUCGGUUGCAACACUCACUACCGAGUUCCAAACUGCCUCUGGAAGCAAUGGGAUCUUCAUGAAAUGGGUUUCCAUGGCCGAGCAGCCUCACUCAACCUAAGAUCACCAUGCGCAAUGCCAAGCUUUGGCUGGAGUGGUGUGUCGUGAUUUUACACUCAUUAAUCUGAUGACUUAUUUAUCUAAUCAACUAACUAUGUUUAAUUGUUACCCGAUUAAAUGAAUCAUGUAACAAUUUACUCAUUAGGAAUUUGGGGCACCACGAGAGCAGUUGUUGAAAGAGUUACCAUCUCCCAAUUUAAACUUUUCCUAUCACAUCCAUAAAACAGUCAACGUAUUAAUCAUAACCGUAUCAUAUCAUCAUUCUGAACAGUCGUAACCUCCUGCAUCUGCAAAAAACCCAGCCUUACUUAUGAUUCAGUACUGCACAAAUUGGUUUAAUUAUGUAUUUACUAGCUAACUAAAUGAUAACACAGGAUAAACAUACACACUUAAUACAUUAGGAAAAGGUCCCUAGCAGACUGACACAACAUAUGGCUGCUUCUUACACAACAACAUGGAGAGGGAGAGAAAGAGACACUUAUCGUUGAUACAUUUUAGGAACUAUUCUAACCAUAUACUUUGCACAUAAUCCGCCCUUCCCUCCUUAGGAAGGGUGUUGGGCCUUUCAGCGGGACGCUGACCCAUUCGGAUCUUCACAGGACAGUAAUACUCACCGUCAUUGGACUCUGGAGCAGUGGAAAUGCACUCUCCGGAGUGAUGAAUCACGCUUCACCAGCUGGCAGUCCAAUGGACGAAUCUGGGUUUGGCGGAUGCCAGAAGAACACUCCCUGCCCGAAUGUAUAGUGCCAACUCUAAAAUUUGGUGGAGGAAGAAUAAUGGUCUUGGGGCUCUUUUCCAUGGUUUGGACUCGGCACCUUAAUUCCAGUGAAGGGAAAUCUUAACGCUAAAGCAUACAAUGAAUGAAAUUUUAGACAAUUCUGUGCUUACAACUUUUUGGCAACAAUUUGGGGAAUGACCUUUCCUGUUUCAGCAUGACAAUGCCUCUGUGCAUGAUGCGAGGUCCAUACAGAAAUGGUUUGUCGAGAUCGGUGUGGAAGAACUUGACUGGGCUGAACAGAGCCCUGACCUCAACCCACAUCGAACGCGUUUGGGAUGAAUUGGAAUGCCAACGGUGAGCCAGGCCUAAUCGCCUAACAUCAGUGCCCGACCUCACUAAUGCUGCUGUGGCUGAAUGGAAGCAAUUUCCCGCAGCAAUGUUCCAACAUCUAGUGGAAAGCCUUCCCAGAAAAGUGGAGGCUUUUAUAGCAGCAAAGGGGGGACCAACUCCAUAUUAAUGCCCAUGAUUAUGGAAUGAAAUGUUUGACGAGCAGGUGUCCACGUACACUACAUUACCAAAAGUAUGUUCACCAUCCUAAGACAAUUAUAAUAAUCAGCAAUAGGGACUCACAGAUCAUAAUAAAGUUCACCAAUGUAUUUUACAACCUGAUGAAUCAACACAAUUUUGAUUACCUGUGUUUGGGUGAUGUGUGAAAUUGAUUCUCAAUUUGUUUCAGGAGCACGAUUUGAAUUAACCAUAUUUGCAGUCUCAGCUGUUCGAUAUUGAUUUUGAUGAUGGAACAAAGGUAACUUGUCAAUGAAAAGAGCACAAAGUCUAUUUUUUUAUUAAACAUGGACAAUAGUUUUAUCGUUCAAAUCUUGAUUAAAUGUUGUUCACUGUAUGAUUUUGUAUUUCUCUUGUAACACUGCUAUUCAAAUGUAUCUCUAUUGAAUAACUUCUGAGUUGUUACAUUCGGAUUUGAAACCACUAUGGAUUUGAUGAACACAUUACUGGUUACCAGUAGCCUCAUCAAAGACUGUGGGUCCAUAGUUUUCUGUCAAACAAAAGAGCAACAGUGAUAGAAGAACUACAUGAUGUUGAAACACACAAGUCAAUGUAAUACAGUGUGCCAGUGCAGUGACUGCAUCUGUUCAUGUAAUAUAGAUGGUGUGAAAUUUAAGACAUAUGCAAAAAUAGUUCAUUUUGGAGUUCAAGUGUUAAUCCACAAAACAACAAAUUGCAUAACUGGAGAGCAUUUAGAUUUGUAUUCAUCCAUAUGCUUGUUUGGUGUUUUCAUUGAUGGCUGAUAUGUCACAUGAUAUUGUCUUCCUUAUCAUUCCAGAAUGUAGUUUCUAUUCAACCCUUAACCAGCGGGAUUUAUUAGACUUCUAUUUAAAAAAAAAUAAAGUAUUUGUUUG